AUGGACCUGGCCGUGCUGGAGCUGGAGGCGCCCUUCGGAGGCGGCGCGCGCUCGCGGCCCAUCCUCAUGGCCACGCAGCCCAGCGAGUGCGCGCCGCGCGCCGUGUGCCACGUGGUGCGCGCUCUGCCCCGCGCCGGCUCGCGCACGCCGCGCCUGCGCAUCGUGGACGCCACGCUGGUGCCGGGCGACGCGUGCGCCGAGCGCGCCAGCGGCUGGCCGGGCCUGCGCGACUCGGCGCUGUGUCUGGUGGGCCCCACGCUGUGCCAGAGCGACUGGGGCGCGGGAGUCGUGUGCGAGGGCAAGCUGUGCGGUGUGCUGAGUCGCUCGGCGCGCGCCGCCGAAGAUAGCGCCGAGCCGACGGCGGCGGAGACGGAGGCGGCGGACGCGGCGGAGUCGCGCGACAGUUCGUGCGGCGACACGCACGUGGCGCAGAGCGUGGCGCGCUGGCGCCGCUUCCUGCACUGCGCGCACACGCUGCGCGCGUGCGGGCGCGGCGGGGAGUGCGCGGCGCUGUGCAGCGAGCGCCGGCUGCUGGCGAUGCCGGAGGGCGAGGCACGCGGCGCCGGUGACGCACCGUCUGCCGCCGGUUACGUUUUCUCCGCCUCCGGUGACGCUUUGCCCGCCGCCGGUGACGCGUUGCCCGCCGCCGGUGACGCGUUGCCCGCCGCCGGUGACACGUUGCCCGCCGCCGGUGACGCGUUGCCCGCCGCCGGUGACGCGUUGCCCGCCGCUGGUGCAGCGUUGCCUGCCGCCGGUGACGCGUUGCCCGCCGCCGCAAUCGACGCCGCGCCCGACGUGCCGCCCGAUGCCGAGACGCCGACCUUUCAACCAACGACUUCUCUGCCCGCUGUUUCCCCUUGUAAAAUUUCUUCACUUAUUAUUACAGCGAGCGAUGCUUGUUCCUAA